GUAAUCCUCCCGUGGAGUGGAAAGAGAGAUAUUAGACCUUCCUCUCCCCACGGUGCAGGCUGGGAGUGUAAGUGGGCUCAUGCUCUAGAUGUCACGCGAACCCUCUGAUUAUCUGAAUCUGAGUGACAGGCGGGUCUUUCGGGGGGUCCACUGCGCUCCGGACGCGCACCAUGAGGAGCAGGAGGGCAGCGGCGCGCGCUGAGGAACACUCUCUGAGGGCUCGCGCUGUGUUGGAGUAUGAAGGGUGGAUGUGAGCGGAACUUGUGGAAGAAUGGCACUUCAUCUGACCCGGAUCUCUGAGGGAUGGCAUCUCGUCACCAUCAUCAUCAUCCCCACACGAGCGCGGACCUGCGCCGGCUCUUCCACCGGCUCACCAUCGCGUCCUCUCUGAGCGUGCUCUGCUUCUCUCUGGUCUACCUGCUCACCGGCUGCUGCGAGUCUGACUUCACAGAGAACUCUGACAUCAAGCAGCCCACCCGAGAGUUCCUCGUGUCCGGGUCGGGAUGGCUCUACGACAGAAACGGAACCAAGGAGAUGACCACAGCCCCCGGAGAGGGCGCGUCCAGCGGUCCCCCCGGACUGGAGGGGAACAGCUCAGGGAAAGAGUGGACAGCCUCGCGGAGGUUACCGCAGGCUCUCAUCAUAGGGGUUAAAAAGGGAGGCACGAGGGCUCUGCUGGAGUUUCUGCGGCUUCACCCGGACAUCCGGGCCCUGGGGUCCGAGCCGCACUUCUUCGACCGGCAUUACGCACGGGGACUGGACUGGUACAGGAGUAUGAUGCCCAAAGCUCUGGACGGUCAGAUCGUGAUCGAGAAGACUCCUCGAUACUUUGUCACGGUGGAAACUCCAGCUCGAGUCCACGCCAUGUCUCAGGACCUGAAGCUGAUCGUGGUCGUUCGGGAUCCUGUGACCAGAGCGAUAUCAGACUACACCCAGAUCAUCUCCAAGACCCCCGACAUCCCCCCGUUUGAGAGCCUGGCCUUCAAGAACAAAACCACAGGUCAGAUCGACUCUCAGUGGAGCCCGCUGUGGAUCGGCAUGUACGCCCAGCACCUGGAGCGCUGGCUGGCCUGGUUCCCCAGGACUCAGAUCCACCUGGUCAGCGGGGAGCGGCUCAUCUCAGACCCGGCCGGAGAGCUGGGCCGAGUCCAGGACUUUCUGGGUCUGCAGAGGAUCGUCACAGACAAACACUUCUACUUCAACAAGACGAAGGGCUUCCCCUGCCUGAAGAAGCCGGAGGGCAGCAGCAAACCUCACUGCCUGGGUAAAACCAAGGGCCGGACGCACGCCUUCAUCGACCCGCAGGUGCUGCAGAGACUCAGAGACUUCUACAGACCGCACAACCACCGCUUCUACCAGAUGGCUGGGCAGGACUUUGGCUGGCAGUGACACUUGGUGAAGAAACAGUAGCUUCAAUCUGACGGGUGCAAAGACUCAGAGAAGUGAGCCAGUAAUCUGCUUCUGACCAGCAGAGGGCGUCUCAGAGACUUCAUGAUGACUAUUCAUCCACCUGAAUCAAUCAAUCAAUCACCUUUAAACAUAUCUUUUAGAGUCUAGAUCUGUGUGGCUUCAUCACUCAUUCAUGUUCAGUCUGAAAGGAUGCAUCACACACAGAUGCACCCCUCGUCUGUGUUCCCGUCUGAAGGGUCAGACUGAGCAGUGUGAGGGGGUUCUCCUGUUAAAGCUGAGUAGCUGUAGUGUCUGCAGUCAAACCCUGACGCUCUAGCCGUAGUCUGAACCUCCAUAUUUCCUUUCCUCCACCUGUCUGUUCUUCAGUCUCUCUGGUUAACUCUUUAAGGGCAUUCGGUGCAUACAUAUUGAGAAUGGUCCUCUGAGCGUGGCUCCGGAUGAAAGCGGGAUGAAUGUUUAAUGAGAGGAUCUGUGUAUGAGCUCAGGUCUGACUGAGUGGUUUUGUAUUCCUGAAUAAUGGAUGUGGAUAAAUGGAUGUGGGGAGCUGCUGUGGAUCUCUCACACUUUAAAGUGAGAGGUUCAGGUUAGCAUCCGGCUGUAGAAUCACCUGCUGUACCUGCAGAGACGUUAAGGGACCACAAACGGAGCAGGACCGGGCGAGAUCGAUGAGAGGAGGUCGACCAAUCAGCGUUCAGGAUGUCUACAGGGUCCACUGUUUCAGUUUGCAUGUAUUUGCACUAGUUUGAAA